AUGGCGGUGGAAGCGGGUAGCGAGCAGAAAUUCCCUCGAGAAGGCUACCAACCGGAAUGGCUGGCACUUGAAGAUGCUUCGGGGGGUCGCUAUGUCAUGACCGGCGACUUUUCAGUCGACAUACCCACGUACGAUGCAGUCUUUGCGGCAUUAUCCAAGCAAUGGCCCGCACUGCCCGAGGAGUUGACAGUUUGGGACGAAAAGACCGACGACGAACAUGGCAAUCUGGACGUCCGAAUUUACCAGCCAGCAGUAGCAGCUACAGAUCGACCACAACCACUCCCGUUGAUGAUUUAUUUCCAUGGCGGAGGCUACAUCGCCGGAACGCUGGAUACCGAAGACGCGCACUGUCGGUACUUGGCGGCCAAAGUGCCGUGUCUGGUCAUCAGCGUCAAUUACCCCAAGGCUCCGGCGACGAAGAUGGACGGAAUCAUUGAGGCCGGUGCAAAGGCCGUGCCGUGGUGUCGCAACAGAGCAAAAGAGCUCGGUCAUGAUCCGUCCAAAACACUUCUGUGCGGCGGAUCCGCUGGCGCCAUGCUCGCGAGCCACUUGGCGUAUCGGUUCAUCUACGACCAAAACGACCGUGACUCAAUCACGGGGCUGGUGCUGUUGUUCCCGGUCCUGCUGCAUUGGGACUACGAUGGAAAAUACAAGUACAUGUAUUCGUCGUGGCAGGACAAUGGCAACAGUGGCGUGCCGGUGUUUGGACUCGAAUUGGCAAAGUUCAUCUGGUCACACUACGACAUUGAUUUCAACGAUCCUCAUCACUUUGUCCUUCUGGAAGACGAUCUGUCCAAGUUCCCGCCAUGCUAUAUCGUUACGGCGGAGAAGGACUGUGCGCGCGACGAUGGCAUUUUGUUGGAUCACCGCUUCAAGGAGAGCGGCGUCAAAUCCAAGCUUGACCAUUACCCGGGCCUGCCGCAUUAUUUCCAUGUCUUUCCCAAUCUACAGCUGGCUCAUGAUAUGAUGGCCAAAACGGUGGAAGGGGUCAGAUUUGUCUUGGAAUCGCAGAGUGAUGGAGGUGAGAGUGGCCGGUGA